AUGGCCUCGGCCGCGCCCCCGCCCGGGGCCGAGAGGAAGCGCUGGGGCCUGGGCCGCCUGCCGGGCGCCCCGCGGGGCAGCGCGGGCCCCGCCAAGAAGUGCCCCUGCGCGCUGGAGCUGGACGAGGGCGGCGCGCCGGGCAGCGCGCUCUACGCGCCCGUCGCGCCCCCCGGCGUCCCGGGGCCCGCGCCCCCCGCGCCCCCCGCGCCCCCGGCCUUGGGCGACCCGGGCGCGCGGCCGCCGGUGAGCCUCGACCCGCGCGUCUCCAUCUACAGCGCGCGGCGCCCGCUGCUCGCGCGCUCCCACCUCCAGGGCCGCGUCUACAACUUCCUGGAGCGGCCCUCGGGCUGGCGCUGCUUCGGCUACCACUUCGCCGUCUUCCUCAUCGUCCUGGUGUGCCUCAUCUUCAGUGUGCUGUCCACCAUCGAGCAGUACACCGCGCUGGCCACGGGGACCCUCUUCUGGAUGGAGAUCGUGCUGGUGGUGUUCUUCGGGACGGAGUACGUGGUGCGCCUCUGGUCUGCAGGCUGCCGCAGCAAGUACGUGGGCCUCUGGGGGCGGCUGCGCUUUGCCCGGAAGCCCAUCUCCAUCAUCGACCUCAUUGUGGUCGUGGCCUCCAUGGUUGUCCUCUGCGUGGGCUCCAAGGGGCAGGUGUUAGCCACCUCAGCCAUCAGGGGCAUCCGCUUCCUGCAGAUCCUGAGGAUGCUGCACGUGGACCGCCAGGGCGGCACCUGGCGGCUCCUGGGCUCCGUGGUCUUCAUCCACCGCCAGGAGCUGAUCACCACCCUGUACAUCGGCUUCCUGGGCCUCAUCUUCUCCUCCUACUUCGUGUACCUGGCCGAGAAGGACGCCGUGAACGAUUCGGGCCGCGUGGAGUUCGGCAGCUACGCGGACGCCCUGUGGUGGGGCGUGGUCACGGUCACCACCAUCGGCUACGGGGACAAGGUGCCCCAGACGUGGGUGGGCAAGACCAUCGCUUCCUGCUUCUCGGUCUUCGCCAUCUCCUUCUUCGCGCUCCCCGCGGGCAUCCUGGGCUCCGGCUUCGCCCUGAAGGUCCAGCAGAAGCAGCGACAGAAGCACUUCAACCGGCAGAUCCCGGCCGCGGCCUCGCUCAUCCAGACGGCGUGGAGGUGCUACGCAGCCGAAAACCCCGACUCCUGCACCUGGAAGGUCUAUGUCCGGAGGUCCCUGCGCAGCCACGCCCUGCUGUCCCCCAGUCCCAAGCCCAGGAAGUCCGUCAUGGUGAAGAAAAAAAAGUUCAAGCUGGACAAGGACAACGGGGUGAGUCCCGGGGAGAAGACCCUCACGAUCCCGCACAUCACGUGUGACCCCGCCUCGGAGGACCGGCGGCCCUUCCACCUCUCCGUGGACAGCUGCGACAGUCCUGCAAAGAAGAGCCCCUCGCUGCUGGAGGUGAGCCCGGCCCCCUUCUCGAGAGCCAACAGCUUUGCCGAGGACCUGGACCUGGAGGGGGAGACGCUGCUGACCCCCAUCACCCACGUGUCACAGCUGCGGGAGCACCACCGGGCCGCCAUCAAGGUUAUCAGGCGCAUGCAGUACUUUGUGGCCAAGAAGAAAUUCCAGCAAGCGCGGAAGCCCUACGACGUGCGGGACGUCAUCGAGCAGUACUCCCAGGGCCACCUCAGCCUGAUGGUGCGCAUCAAGGAGCUGCAGAGGAGGCUGGACCAGUCCAUCGGGAAGCCGUCCCUCUUCAUCGCCGUGUCAGAAAAGAGCAAGGACCGCGGCAGCAACUCCAUCGGCGCCCGCCUGAACCGGGUGGAAGACAAGGUGACGCAGCUGGACCAAAGGCUGGUGCUCAUCACCGACAUGCUGCACCAGCUGCUGGCCUUCCACCAGGACCCCCUGGCCGGCCGGACCCCAAGUGGGGCGGGGACCCCUGCACUCCAGCCCGGCUCCAACCACCCCGGGCUCUGCCUGCCCAGCAACGCUCUGCCCACCUACGAACAGCUGACCGUGCCCCACCGGGGCCCCGAUGAGGGGUCCUGAUGGCGCUGGGCUGGGGCCUGAGGGGGCACCCCACCCCCACCCACCAGGCCGGGACCACCUCCUCGCGGCCAAGGGGGUAGCCUCCGCCCCAGGCCGCCACGCCAGUGCUGGGCGUGCCGAGGCUGCCCCUCUGGCACGUGGGCACUGGAACUUGGCCAGGUGUAGGGCCUGCUCGGCGCUCAGGCAGUGGCCCCCUGCAUGGCUCGUGGAGUCAGGCUGUCCCCCGGAGCUAGCUGCCCCGGGCACUGGGCCCAUCCCACGUGUGGACACCUGGGUACAGCCUGGGUGCCCCCAGACGCAAGUCCAGCAUGUGGGCAGCGGCAGGGCAGGCCCAGUCCGGGCUGGAUAAAGGCAGCCCGUGCUCCAGGCCGCCAGACUCCCCAGCACCUCCGCUCUCGGGAGAUGCCAACGACUGUCGGCACGCAGGCUGGUGAGGCGGCUGUGGACGCCAAUGGGGCCAGGGGGAGCACUGUCCCCAGAACUCCCCUGGGGAUCCCCCAGCAAAAGGGGGUGCACAGGCCCCACCUUGGACGACAGCAUCUCCUUCCCAUCCUGGAGAGAAGAGGCCCGGCUCUGCCCGCCGCCCGCCUCCACCGCCUGCCUGGCCCGAACAGCCGGAUGGGGCUCGGCCGUGCCACACCUCUGCCACCAGCCGCGGGCCGGGCUCUCGGGCCUCGCCACAGAAAUCGGGAUAAUCGUAGUGAUCGGGACCUGUUCUAGUGAGAUUCACGGGGUGACUGAUUUCGCUUCCGCGGUCUUUUCCUAAUAAACACGGACUCAC